UCAUGUUAUGUACAUGAUUAUUUUGCUAAGCAGAAAAUUGAAAUUAAUAGACAUUUUGUUUUUUUGCAGGUCCAGCUGGUUGGUUUAGAUGAGGAGAGCUCAGAGUUCAUUUGCAGGAACACCUUUGAUCAUCCAUAUCCUACUACAAAGCUGAUGUGGAUUCCUGACACCAAAGGAGUGUAUCCGGACCUGUUGGCAACCAGUGGUGACUACCUGCGUGUAUGGAGAGUGGGUGAAACUGAGACCCGACUGGAAUGCUUGCUGAACAAUAAUAAGAACUCUGAUUUUUGUGCUCCAUUAACGUCAUUUGAUUGGAAUGAAGUGGAUCCUUAUCUUCUAGGUACCUCUAGUAUUGACACAACCUGUACUAUUUGGGGCCUGGAGACUGGGCAGGUGUUGGGAAGAGUAAAUCUGGUAUCGGGCCAUGUCAAGACCCAGCUUAUUGCACAUGACAAAGAGGUGUAUGAUAUUGCAUUUAGCCGCGCGGGUGGCGGGAGAGACAUGUUUGCUUCAGUUGGCGCAGAUGGCUCAGUGCGGAUGUUUGACCUUCGUCAUCUGGAGCACAGCACCAUUAUCUAUGAGGAUCCACAACACCAUCCAUUGCUGCGUCUCUGUUGGAACAAACAGGAUCCCAACUAUCUUGCAACAAUGGCCAUGGAUGGUAUGGAGGUGGUGAUUCUAGACGUCAGAGUUCCCUGCACGCCUGUUGCCAGGUUAAACAACCACCGAGCAUGUGUGAAUGGCAUUGCCUGGGCACCUCACUCUUCCUGCCAUAUCUGUACAGCAGCGGAUGACCAUCAGGCCCUCAUCUGGGAUAUCCAGCAAAUGCCUCGUGCCAUUGAGGACCCUAUCUUGGCCUACACAGCAGAAGGGGAAAUCAACAAUGUACAGUGGGCAUCAACUCAACCGGACUGGAUAGCUAUCUGCUACAACAACUGUCUGGAGAUCUUGAGAGUGUAACACUAUUGGUCUGUGCCAAACUGAGGCAGGGCUGUAUAAUUUCCCCUCCCCUCUAAAGUAAGAACAAACAUGUUUCAAGUGGCCAGUAUCUUUUGUUGCUUUGCAUCUACUGUUCCAAGAAACUGUUACAGGAGUUAAUGGCAGGUGUCGGCUGUCCCUACAAGACUCAGAAGCCGAAGGGACACACCCAGCCUCUUGGACAUUCUGGGUUUUGAUUUUAAUAUUUUUCUCAAUUAAAAAGUUCUGUAUAUCUGUUUGACUGUGUUAAUGAGCAUUACAGACUUUAUAUGACUGUUUUAAGUUGUUGCAUAUGUUCAUGUGUCUGUCAGCCAGCUGAGGCAGCACUUACAUCUAUCCAACUAAUUGGAAGUGCAAAACUAGGUGGAAAGAAAAAAAUAUUAAUAUUAACCAGCACCUUUGCAGGAAUUGUUAAUCAUUCCUGUUACUGUCCCUAAACCAUUGGAAGGUUUAUAUGUUUUUAUAUAUUGGACUAAGUUUCUCUUAAGUAGAUUCUUCAUCCCACUUCUUUUUGAUAUGUCAUCCACUUCUAUAAAGCCCAAAGUGGGAUCUGCUGAUACUGGGCCAUAAGCAUCAUUGUAGGCUUCCUGGCAGUAUAACUGUGGCUGUAGCUAUUGCCUUGGAUAUGUGCCCCUGGCCAUUUGGUCAGAAUCACCUGGUGCUGUGAAUUACUGUUACUUGUUGCACAGUUCUUUCAGCUUAACUGAUGCUAGAGGCAGUUGUUACUGUGGUGGGCCUUUAGUUAGGUCAGAACUGAGUUAUUGAGUCUCUCACAGCUGUAUUACUUAACUAAAUGGUGAUAGGAUUCAUGGAGAAAAGAUGCUAGCAUAACUAGAGCUAUUUUUGAAAAUCUUUCUGGAAAACAAUGCAACUUGCAACAGAUUUUGGAUCGACACAUCCAGUCAAAUGAUUCCUCUAGAACGCUUCCAAUUGGAAUCAUCAUAAAAUGGUUUCAUACUUUCCAGUUUCCUUUUGAUUGGCUACCGUAAUCUAAGCAAAAUUCUGUAUCUAACUUCUAGCACGGAAUUUCUGUUGCAUUCAGCGCAUCUUCUUGGGAGUUCAAGAAAGUGAAGAGCUAGCCUUUGUCCCUAAAAGCAAGGAGAGAAGCGUUAGCAUCGUACUGUCAGAUCUUGUUGGAUGAAUAUGAUAGAAACAGUCACAAUAGUGGGGCUACUAUCCAAAGGCAAGUCUUGCCCCUGUAAGGAAAAGUUUCCUAAAGUAACAUACCGGGUUUGAUCUAAAAUAAAAGAAGAUGCCUAAUGUGCUUCUCAAAUGGAGACCUUGUGUUUGGCUCUAGUUAUCACUCUUAAGUACUGUCUCUUUUGUAAAAGGAGCAGGAUAGGUGUGGUGUGGAGGGAACUUUCUAUUUUCAUCCAGGUUCCCUUUCUGAAAUGGAAAGGUUAAAGGGGGGUGGUAUCAGCUUUCUGUCACCAUAAUCCUUUGAUUAAAGCUCCUGAAGGUUAGCAAAAUUCUGUGUAUCUUACCAUGUGGUAGUUUGAAUGUUGUCAUUCUCUUGAUUUGAUGAGCUAUCUUCAGUACCCUUCAGAAGAGAAGGUGACAAACUGAACACAACACUGUGGUGAGGUCUACGUACUGUAAUGGUAGACUGAGCUGAUGAGAUCAAUAUCCAGAUCAGCUGACACCAAUUGAUACCUUGAAAGACAGUCUUGAUAUUGAGUGAAAACCAAAGGCAGCAUUAUACUUAAAGAUAAUAUCAUACUGGAAACCUGAUAUUCUUAGAAAAAUGAAUUAAAAGUAGCUUUGGUUACAAACACCUUCUCUCCUGAGUCCUUGGCCAACUCUCUUGUAACCACAGCUGCUGUCUCUCUUGUUCUGAUAUAAGGACAAACAGGGAAAACUAGCCACCUGAAGUCAAUUAAACACUCAGUCUUGCCUGCUGACCAAUUAAAUUGGGAAAAGAGAUGUCUCCUCUUCCAUUUGUAAUCUUGGAUGUUUCUAAUAACAGGCAAAAAAUUAUUCUUCUGGUGACUUUAACCACGCCCCUGGAAAACUGAGUAUACAAAUGCACAAUCAAAUUUAUCUGAUCACCUCUCAUUAGUGAGAGAGAUUUACUUCUGUUAACAGUGCAGCGCCAACAUCUCUCUGGGAGAAUGAGGUGCAUUCUGUUUAGUCUCACUCAUCGUCAAUAAAAUUGAUUACAUUCAGAUUACAAAAUUGUACUGUUGUGAGCCAGAAAGAACUGUCUUGUGUUCAGAUUCCUAGCGGUUGGCAUGGUUGCCAGUUAGCUUCCAUGUGCAUCUCUGGUUUUCUAAGCAAAUUUGCUCUGGAAAUCAUUGUUGCACAGGUGUGAAACUUGGUCACUCUUCAGAGUAGAGCUGCGCCUUUAAAAUUAGAACUUAAAUAUACAAGCACAUCCAAAAAACGAAGUUGCAUUUCUCGUAGUAACAUUGACUUAUUGAGUAGGCCUCUUUUGUUGCACUUGUAACACUAUUACAUGAAAAAUUUUUGCUUGUACAAAAAUUCUUGCAAAUGCAAAUACUAGGCCCAGCGUAAACAAGCUAAUCUCAAAAGUGUAAACUUUUUGCUUCCUGACUAAUGUGCAGACUAAAUGUGUUUACAUAACAUUGCAAUAAGUUUUGCAUUUUGUUUUUGGGGAAGUAGGAUUUUGGAAGAGAUGGGGGAAGGACUGCUUUGUAUUUAAAUAGUCCCAAUUAGGCUCUGAAGUUUGUUGAUGUAAAUUAUGUGGGUAAAGGCUGAGUUUGCUGCUGCUUGGCUGCAGACAGAUUUCUGCAAGGCUCAGUUAAAAAUAUAGCUGUUCAUCUGUUUCUAGCUGAUGGUUUCAGCAGUAAAAAAUUAUAGUAACAAUAUACUUUCAUCUGAAAUCUUAAUAUUUGCAGAAUUACAAAGAAUGUAUCAAAAACGGUGGCCCUCAUGAUCUUAACCAUUUCUUGUCUAUCGUUUUCUCUAGUCUCUCAUGUUGACAGGUUCAUGUUUCAGUUAGAAACUUGAAAUUUCCUACAAACUGCUAAGAAUCGGGCCAAGCAUUGAGCUUAUGGUUUCUCUGCCCAUUACUGACGGUAUUAUGCAGAGAGGUAUAGAACAUGCGUCUUGAUUCUUCUUUGUAGAGUCUUGUACCAUGCCCAUUACUGUGGUAUCUGAAUACCUUUACAUCACUCUCUUCCUCCUGCCCAGCUGAGGAAGGGAGAUUUUCAUGGAACUGUUUUAGCUGAUGUAGUGAGAGAGAGAGCAUGAACUUUUUUGCAUUAAGGAAGGUGAAUAAACUAACAGUUGAAGGGAUUUUCCAAAAAUAUAAUCCCACCUAAACCAAGAACAGCGUUUAGACCAAUGAGAAUUGAGCAGUAAGAGCUUGUGACGACGCAUCUCAUUUUCACAGGCUGUUAUGAAUAACUGUAUGAAGUUGUAUACCUUUCACUACCAGCAGAAAUGGUACUAUUUCAUACAAUGAGGAGACCUCAGCUUGGGGACUUCUUCCAUAAGAUUUCUUGUCAAACAUUUGUGGCUUUGUCUGUAGGGAUUAGGCUCCUGAUCCAAAGUUCCUGGAACACGGUGGAAGCAUUCCUAUAGGCCUCAGUGAGUAUUGAAUUAAGGCCCUAUAUCCUUGCUGCCGUUCACCUGACCAGUUGGCUACCUUUGGCCUCUUUACUUGCCUUGGGUAAUAUCUACAAUGUCUAUACAGAAUUUUGCCUGGCGAGGGGAGAGAGGGGACUUUAGACGAGUGGUUCUCAGCCUGCAAGCUGCUUGUGGCCCAUUCAGCACAUAGCUGCAGCCCAUGUGACCGCCUCGGGGCCAUAUGGGUAGUGUGGAUGCAAACCACAUAAUGCAGAGAACUGCAUGUGUGGCCCACAAUGAUUAGUAGGUUGAGACCCACAAGUGCAAACUUUUCCUAAGUAUCUAUGAGCUUGGCACAGAAGUUGCCUAAUGGUACUGAAGUGCCAUUUCUCCUCCCACUUCACCAGUUUUGUGUAACUUCUCUGGCUGGCUAAUUCCAGCUAUUGGGCUGCAUUUUGAAAAUCCAACAGCCCUGGUCACCAAUGAUCACAGGGGCAGCUAAUGUGUUUUGGCACCCAGUCCAAAGAUGUGAUUUCCAUCUUAAUAUAAAAUGUGUGGUGAGACUCUAAACAUUAGCUGAAGGAUGGGCUUGUGAAUGAGUGUGUUAAAUCUGGAUAUCAUAGAAUUAAAUUUGUUUGUGGUAAAUUGUUGUAAGUAAACUUGCCCUGCCAUGUGCUAUUUAAUAGGCAAGAAGCUGAGAGUUUUGACAAUCUCCUGAGUAAGAAAUUCAGGUCUCAAAGUGCAAAAAGAGAAGACGUUUGCAGUGCAAGUUGUUCCUUACUUUAAUGCCCCCGGACACUUACGAGGAGCCUGUUAUGAAUCAAAAUUCAUGAACUCUUCAAAAUUUAGUUACGAUCACACACCUGCAUUGCUCUUUUGAACACCUUGGAUAAUAAAGGUCAACAACCAGAAUAGAUUCAGUGUUGAGAUGAUAAAUAUGCAGGUGCUUGAUCUGUGGCUUUGUGUUUAGAUUAAUGUUGACCCAUACAUACAUUUUGAACUUAAAGUUUAAACAAUAAGUUAAGGAAACUGAACAUGCCUGGUUAUAUGCUUGAAAAGGCACUUUAGCAGGUGUAUUUUUGUUAGGAAGGGAAUAACCUCUUCUUAUCCAGUCCUUUAAGGUUGGAGUUUGACUCUGAACCCUGUGUCUCAUUCAUAAAACAUUAAAUACAGUGUGAGAAUUUCACGAUUGCUGAAGUUCCAAACUGGUUCUGGUUGGCAGCACAUAGUGACCUCUUUCACACCACCGCCACCUGAAAGCAACACCAAAAAUGUGAGCACUUGAAAAUGCUAUUAACACUAUGAAGUGUGAGGCUUUAUAUUCAGAUAACAGUAUGGUCCAGUAGGGAUCACUCAAGCACUUGACUUUGCCUUUUGCCCAAACAAAACUUUCUUUGCUUCAUUGGGGUACUUCUGUUAUUGCCUAGUUGUGUUUGGAGGGCGAGGGGGGGGUGGGAGGGAGACUGGAAUUAGGUGCCCUUUAAAACAUACAGCAGUAAAGAGGUGGUUUGGGUAGAUAGGUGGUAUAGGAUAUAGAUGAAUUCUGCUGUCUUUGUCAGUUCUGUAAUGUCAGUAAAACUGACGUAGCUUUCUGCAACUUAAGAUGCAGAAUUCAAAGAUUUUUAACUUUGUAAAUUUUUUGGUACUGACUAGUUUAACUCUUUCAGUACAGCACAGGCAGAAAUGGAUAAAUCACAGUGUGCAGCUGGGUGUACAACAGGGCUGUUCAAUUGUUUAUAGCCCAAUCAAAGUAUUGAAAGAGUUAGUCCACUACCUCCAUACAAAAUGGUUCUGCCACUUCAAACCCAAGGGGAGCAUUAUCUGUCAGUGGACAGUCAGGAUAUCUCUGAUUUUGGUUGCCUUUCUCUAUAAGAUCAUUGGUUCAAAUCCCAGUCUAGACACUGUUUUGACUGGCUGAUCAGUGACCUGUAUGAAUUGAAAUUGUUUUCAAAUCUGAUUCCUAAUAGGUAGGAGUACAUAUGGCUCUGGAUGGGCCCCCUUGUUAAUGUCUGCAGGGAAGCCCAGGGAUUUAACAGUAGGUGGUGCUUUUCCAUGCUUGCUUCGCUACCAGAUUCCCGUAGAGAAGGUAUCUCUAGGUCAUAGGUGAGGCAAACUGGCAAAGGGAUUGAGUGGAGAAAUUUGCAUAGCCUGUGCUGUAGUCAGAGGGUCUCAGUGCCUAAGACUUUUGAUCCUGCACCUUUCACCAGCACUGAAAUAGUAACUGCCAUUUGGAGGCAGAGCAUAGAGGCAAGAGCAGUUCUAAGAGGACUGCUGGAAAGACUUUAGUCUACCCAAUAUCUCAUAUUUGCCUCCUCUGGCGCACAGAUACUGAGCAUGAAUCUAGAACUUCUUUGCUAUUGAGAAAAAUGACCUGCAUGGUUUCCUUUUCAGACAAGCAAACAAAGGACAGGGUUUGUUUUUUUUUCUAAUUCUUGUAAGAUUCUGUCGCCACAACAAACUACAGGCCCUGUAGUUCCAUCUCUUAUUUGUACCCAGUAGUCGGCAUCUCUUGGAAUUUCAGUUUUCCUAUUUGUAAAAUACACACGUUUUCCUUUAAUGCGAGAGUAUAACUGGUCAGGCACAUCGAAAGAAGGCAUAAAGAGCUUGCUAAAUAAAGGGGGAAAGACUCUAGUAGUAAAUAGAGCUGCUGUGAAGCAUGUGGUUUGGUUUGGUUUUUGACAACCUGGUGGACACAAAUUGUGGCGACUGCUAUUUAAAAGGAACUGAUUCUACUCCGGUUGCCAGCAGUGUGCAAUGUAAUGAUUAAAUCUGUUGAGCCCAAGCUUUUUUACCACUAGUAGUUAAGUAGGAGAUGUUCGCUUCUGUUGCGUGUAUUCCCUUCUGCUGUUCCCAUUUAAAGUCUCAUUGUGAUAACUUCCUGAAGGUGUGAUCUUUGUAGCAUGAUUGUACAAACAUACAUAUGAAAUCCAGAUUUCUUGUUCUCACUAAAAUGUUAAAGCAAUAGUGACUUUUUACUACUGUCCUGCAUAGCCAGGGUGUUUGCACCCUUUUUUCCUCCCUCUUUCAUAGUGCUUGAGAUUUGCAACUUUACUACUAUACUGUACUAGAGGAAUCAUAGCAUCUCGUUAUCAGGAGACCCAUACAUGUUGCCACAAGUAACUGCAGUGUCCUGGUAUUCCUUUUUUAUUAUUUUUAUGAAGAGAAAGUGUAAAAGGCUUUGUUACAAUGGAUUUUAACACCCAAACCCUGAAACCAUAUUAUUGAAACUCUGUAAAUUAAGUCAAUCUUUUAUGAAACCACUUGAAAGUGGAAUAUUGCAUCCUUUUAUGCUAUUUCCUGCUUCCUAUGUAGUUUUACUCAAUUUUUUUAACCUUUUUAAGUUUCAACCACCUGUGUAUUAGGUACAGUAUUUUCUGCCUUUCAUACUUUGUAAUAAAAAUGGAACAUUUAUAGAUUGAUU